AUGCUCGUCCCUUCACUUCUAUUUCUCGUCGCGGUCGCAUAUGCAAAUGAGGAAGAAGAAUCUUCUUCAUCAUCAGAUGUGGUUCUGCUGGAUUUAUCUGAUUAUGCCCCAGGGAUCAAUCGAGGACUUCGUUUUGACAUUAAGCGAGCAGCGAUGCCUUUUUCUGGAGGUAUGUAUGGUAAACGUGCGGUGAUGCCAUUCUCAGGUGGCAUGUACGGGAAACGAGACGGACCAGCGCUUGGAUUUUCAGAAGGUUGGGCUGAGAAACGUGCAGUGAUGCCAUUCUCCGGCGGUGUAUACGGUAAAAGGGCACCCGCAUUGCCAUUCUCCGGAGGCGUUUAUGGUAAACGAGCAGCCAUGCCGUUCUCGGGAGGACUUUAUGGAAAACGAUCCGAACGAUAUAUACGAUCGCCGAUGCCAAUUUCAGGAGGAUUUUUCGGCUAA